UCAGCCUUCAAUUCCAAGUUGAUCGCGCCCGGAGUACGAGAUGGCUGAAGGGUGGGUUCUUCUUUUAGGGUUUUUUUCGACUUUAGGGCAAAGAAAAUCACGAAAGAGACGAAGUGAAAGUGAUUCAGUAGCAGAGACUCUAGCAAAGUGGAGGAAAUUGAAUGAUGAAGUUGAUUCCAGAAAAUAUGGAGAAUUGGUGGGUAAGGUUCCGGCCAAGGGCUCGAAAAAGGGGUGCAUGCGAGGAAAAGGAGGCCCUGAGAACACAAAUUGCAAAUAUAGAGGUGUGAGACAGAGGACUUGGGGCAAGUGGGUUGCCGAAAUCCGUCAACCACUUAAUGGAUCUUGUGCACCAGCAAGAAAUAAUAGUCGGCUUUGGCUUGGUACUUUCGACACUGAGGUUGAAGCAGCUCAUGCUUAUGAUAAAGCUGCAAGGGAUAUAUAUGGUCCUUUGGCCCGACUUAACUUCCCUGAGCAUGUUGCGGAUUCAAUGCCUUUGGAUGAGAUUAUUCAAGUUAAGGAAGCAAGGAUUAAUCCAUUGUCUGAAGUUGCUGUUGAGGAAUUGAAGGAAAAACAAGACUGUUUUGAGGUUUGUGUGUCUGAUAAUAAACCAAGGGAGGAAACAAAGUUAAAUCCAGAAAUUUGUGAGAAUUGUGGAGCCCACAAUUUGAAGGAGAAACCUGAUUGCUUUGAGGGUGGUUAUUUUCCGGUAGUCCAGUUUCAGGAGUUGGCAGCUGACUUGCAUGGGAGCUCAAAUCAUAUGCAAGACUUGGAUGCCUCGAGCCCGGAUUCUACUUUUGCCUUAAUGGAACUGUUUUCAGAUUUAGAAGGAGUUGACGAUUUAGAAGGAGUUGACAAUCUAUUGAUUGAUUCUGAUAUGAUUUGGGGUUGGAGAUAUAAUUAA